AUGUUCUGGGCAUAUAUUGUGUUGUUAUGGGCUUGCUUAUCAACUUGUCAGUCUGAUAUUGACAUUAAAGGUAGAGAUAGCUUUGUUUCCAAGUAAAUAACUUCAUUUUGAUGUAUUACUUUUACAUCAUUUUGUACUAAAGUAAUAUAUCUUGUUAUAAUAUCUUUGUUUUCAUAAAAUACUGUAGACCUACUACCUGACGAACUCAACGACCUUCUGGAGAAUCUGUCGUCAGCCGAAGAAGAAAGGUUCGCGACUUCAGAUGGCGUCGACGAUCCGGAAUUGUCGCUGAAACUGCUGACAAGCCAUCAGCAGAUCAGCGAAAAAACAAGAAAACUGAAUCCCCCAGCUCGAGAUUUCUUGAAUGACGUAAGGGUUAUUUCACCGUUAACGCAUCCCUUUCCAGAUGUUUGGCGAUCUUUAUGAAAUCGAUGAUAGCGAGUUGAAGACGAUUUCGAAACGUUACCUGAAGCGAUGGAACGGGCUUCCAGAAGCUGAGAAAAACAGCUUGAAAUCUGUUUUUCCCAAGAUCUACACUGUUUUGAACAGUAAGUUUGCUUGGUAUAUCGAAAGCAAAAGGAAUUCUCCAAAAAAGCUAACUAUUGUUUUCGUGUUGGGACGCAGAAGUGCUCUUGGCGUACUAAUUUAUUUUUUAUAAUUAUCAACGUCCAAUUAACUAAAGUCAUUGCAGGUCCUGAAUUCGCCAAAAUUGCUGAUUCAUAA